AUGUCAGAAAAAAAAGGAACGUUUAAUUCAAGGACAAAUAGACUUGAUUUGACGACCCCAAGAAGGAAACUGAAAAUACUAUCAUCUCUCCUUGACGCUGAAGAUGGUUCUAAGACACAAGAUGAACACAGCUACUCAAGUAUCCAUGGUAAUAAACACAAAGUAGCAAAGCCUACUCGACAACCUACUUUACGUGAAUCCAUUUCUUCGAGGCGAAAUAGCCAUAUUCAUAAUAAAUCCCUUCAUGAAGAUAGUGCGAAAGCUUUAAACUGGGUAGAUUCUCUAAUUAAUAGGGGGAAAAGUAUACUUACUACACUAGAAAAGGAGGAUGCUUUGUUUGAGCGCGAACUUGAGGAGGAAAGACAACGUUUCCAGCUUCAUGACUCUUUAAUGAAUAAAUACACUGGAAACGGUAAAAGUCAUCAGCGACUAGUCGAUCUCAGGAAGAGCCAAUAUGGAACAGAUACUUCUUUUCAAAAUAAUGAUGAAAUUCCCUUAGAUAGUUUUAUAAGUUCUCCUCUACCGGAGGCUGAUGACAAGACGCCCUCAAGUAUCGACUCUGAUGAGGAUGAAGAUCUACAAGGUAAAGAAUCUUUAAUCAAAGACUUCGAUCUCGAAAACGAUGAAAGCGACUUGUCCGGAGAAGAAGAGAAUACUGACGACCAAAGCAGUGCUUCAAUAGUGAUAUUAUCAGAUGAAGAAUAUGCAGAAGAAGGAGCACUACAAGAUAUAUCAAGUGAAGAUGAAUAUGAAGCGCAUGAGGAAGAGCAAGUUGAGAUGGAGGACAUGGGGCAGGGACAAACAACUAUGCGUCCGAAUGUGGAAUCUGCUACACAAACUAGGCUUUCUAAUCCCAGUGACCACCAGGACUAUUCAGAGACGGUAGAAAAGGAAUCUGAUGAUGACAAUGAUGUGGAGAGCGGUGCUGAAAAGGAUGAAAGUCAGGAGGAAGAAGGAACGGAACAUUCGAUAGAUUUUUCAAAAUACAUGCAGCCGAGAAUAGAUAAUACUAAGACUCUAAAAUAUCAACCUGAUGAGCAACAAACUUAUCAAACAUAUUCGGAAAAUGAUACGUUUGAUUCCGGUCCAGUAAAUAUUUCAGUGGAUGAUGACUCUGAGGAUGAAGAAAGUCAAGCUGAAAGUUAUUUAGCAAACGCUGGAAGUGUACGCCAUAAUGAACAAGAAUUGGAUAAUAAAGAAUUGAUAGAAAAUAUCGAAUCAUUAGAUAGCGGAUCAGAAAGUGCACAAGAAAGCGAACGAGGAAAUGAAGGUGAUUUUGAAUAUAAAGCGACAAAUGGAAAAGAAAGUGCGUUAGAAGAGACCAAAAAUACCAGCGAAAGCGAAGAUCAAAGUUUCGAGAUAGAUACUAAGGACGAAAUGGAACAGCAUGAAAGUGGCGAGGAAUCUGAAAAAAAUGACAGUAUCAAAAAUACUUCAGUGAAAGAUUUUUACGAAAAUAAUAAUGAAGAUGAAUACUUAAAAAAUUCUUUGAAUAAUGACAUGGACUCUGCUAAAGGAAGAGAAAAAGAUACUGUCGAUGGCAAGGAUUAUGAGGUAAUUGGGAACAGGAUUGAAAGUAAUCUGCGCGGAGAUUCACCUGACAACUUAUAUAAUCUCGCUGCAAGGGCUGUGCUCCAAUUUCAGCAGAGUAAAAAUUUGAAUUGUCCUCAAAAGGAAGAGAAGGAAUCUGAAUUUUAUACAGGGCAUUCAAAUAGAAUUGACGUAUCAGACAGGUCUUCAGACGAACUCGAAGAGCAAUUACUAUCCGAAAAGGACUUCACGGGUAAAACCGGAAAUGAAAAUGUAAAAGUGGAUCGAGAUGAUUCUCCACCCUGUGUUGAAAUAGAGGUUGAGAAAGCUUCUGAAACGGGACGGGACCCUCCCGCAGAAAAGAAGUUGCUACCACUAUCCACAGAUACAACAUUUAACGAUUUACCAAUGGGAAAUGAAGACAGUGUCUAUUAUUCUCUUGAUGACGCUGAUGUUAUAUCAGAGAAUCUCGCAAAUACUCCCCUUCUAGAAACCAAACCGAUUUCGACGUAUGAAGUGGUAAUUUCUGGAUCUGUGUAUAGUUCUACUUCUUACGAAGAUAAUGCAGUUGUCAUGCCACCACAAGUAGAGUACAUUUCGCCAUUUAUGAAUGACCCAUUCAAUUCCUCGAACGGUGAUUGCGAGAAGAAGCAUGAACUAUUGAAAUCAACCUUAGCAGCCCUUGCCCCAGCCUUUAUCGAAGAGGAUGCAAAAGUUGGAGAAUCUGGAGCCACAGAAUCUUAUUUGACAUCUAAAUCUGGAUGCCCGAACGCUUUCCAUAUAGGUGAGGAAAUUGACCAGAUGAGUAAUUCUGAUGAGACGACGAAAAACGCUAGUUCCGGAAAUGAAAAUGCACACAAUGAAAAUAAAAAUCAAAAUGAAGUUUUUCCUACCAUGACUACUACCGCUGACAAGUCAGCUGAAGAUAACGCGGAUGAAAAGUACUUUUCGGCAAUUAAUUAUACAAAUAUUACAGAAGAUUCUUCCUUCCAAGAGACUAUCGAACCUGCUUUAGAUGUGGAGGAGUAUUCAAGGUUGCAUGGAAAAGAUACGAACAAAGUUGAGAUUUCAACUGGUGAUAAACAUGGCAAACAGAAUGAAGAUGGUAGUAUAACUCAAAGAUCAUUUGCAACCGAUUUUCCAGACAAUUACCAACAAAGUAACAAUGGUCCCGACACUUCAUCUGCUGAAUUGAAAGUAAAACAUAGCGAUCUUGGAGAAGAAUCGUUUAAUAAGGGGCCUGCAAAUGUUAAGGUUCAUUCUGGUACUUUUGAAGACCAAAAUAAAGAGGGAAGCUCUCCGGAUAGUCUACUUCAAGAAACUGCUGCAAGCUUAGAAGUAAGUUAUGGAGUAGUUGAUUCAGAGCGUAAAUGUGAUGAAGAACAUGUGGGUGAUCCAUAUGAAAAAGGUUAUGCGGAUCCAGAAUCAAGCUACACUGGAAACAGUAAAGAAAGUACAACUAAAGGUAUGAGGAAAGAUGCUUUUGGAUUACCAGAGCCGGAAAAUGAAACGGUUAGUAUAAAUCACGAAGACGAGAUACUCUUUGAAGCUAAUGUCUGUUCAUCUGUAGAUGUUCAGAAUAAAGACAUACCCGCUGUUACCAAUCGAGAGGCGGAAGCAAAAUAUGAAGAGGGUGAAAGAAAACACAUUAUCGAGGAUAUAAAUUCGGACGAAGCACACAUUUCCAUUAUCGAAAAAGUUGGUAAGACUUUGAUUGAAAAUAAUACGGAGAUCUUGGAAAAGCCAUGUGUGGAAGAAAUGAACGACAAAGUGUACUCUAAAAGAAGAGCAACUACCAUUGAAGGCACAACACUCUACAAAGUCAAUACCAAUAUGCAUGAUGUGGUUAACCAGGCUUCCCACAGCCUUGACCGAGAACAAGGUCGUAAAGUUGAGAAAAACACUGAGGUUUCUGCAAAAGUUAAAGUAGAAAUUCCGGCUUUCAGUUCGGAACUUGAAUCUGUGCAAUCAUUGAAGCCAGAAUCUGCUCACUCGAAUAUUUUUUCAUCCCCGAUUCGUGUUCUUGGAACUAUGGUGAAAGGUGUGGGUAAGGUAGUCGACUUGGCCGAAUCAUUCGUGAAAAAAAUUGAUGUUAUGGAUUCUGAGAGUGAUGAUUCUGCUGAUAUUGAUGAUGGUAAUGAAGAAAUGUUUGAAAACUCAGUCACUACUAAUGUGUGCGAUGAUAUGAAAAGUAUAAUUAUUGAAGAUAAAGACGGAGAUGAAGAUGAAGUUGUCACACUCGGAGGAGUCACUACAAAAGCACCUAGUGGCAAUGGUAACUUUAAUGUAAUAAAUAUCGACGCGGUGGAAAACGGUAAUAAUGAAGAGGACAUAGUAUAUGACCAAUACUCUGACAUAUUUGGACAGCAAAUGAAGGAUAAAAAAAGUUCGCAGAAAUCAGAAGAGUCACUAGUUGAAAAUUUACAAUGCGAGCAGCAUAGCGAGAAGAACGACCACAGCGAGGAAGAAGAAGAAGAGGAUGAUCCCAUAGACGGAGAGGCAACAUCAGCAAACACCCACGUAAGUGGUCCAGAUGAUAUUAAGAGACAACAACUUUUAAAAAACUUAAUUGAUCUCGAAAAUUAUUCUCAGAAGCUCACUCAAGACUCCAGCCGAGGCACAAGUCAAGAAAAACGAAAUGAAAUAAACACAAGCCGUGAACAAGAUCCCACGUUUGAAAGGCCCGUCGAAGAGGAACAUGUUGGAGUCAUCGAAGAAGACAGCGUUUCGGAGUUGGAUAUUAGCAUUCAAUCCACUGAGCACGAAGAAUAUUUUUCAAAGAAACAAGAGAGGUCAAUAGAAGACCUACAUUCAGAGCCGGAAGAGGAUGAGCUGUUUGAAUUGGAAAGACAGGUCCCUACAGGAAUAGCAGUUUUUGGUAAAAGCGAUGAUGAAGAAAGACAACGCGGAACCAUACCAUCUACAGAUCUUCCAUCUGAUCCUCCGUCUGAUAGGGAAGAAAGCACAGGUUCUCAUACCUAUUCAAAUUCGGAAAAUGCAUCUGCUGGAAAGGGUGUGCCAACUUCACCAGAAGUGUAUGAAAUAUUCUCAGACACACCAAAUGAACUCCCCAUGGAAAUUAAUAAUGAACUGCCCAACACCAGUUUGGGGAAAGAUGAUAAAACUACGGCGACAUCCGUCUUGGACGAUAGGUUAGAAGAUUUAUCCAGCAACGAUAAAAAUUUCAUUAACAUCAAGGUAAAUGAAGGUGAGGAGGGGUCUGAGCACAAAGCAGUGGAUAUACCCAUUGAGGUAGACGUUAAAGAAGAACAAGAAGAAAUACCUCCAAAUCCAGUACCUGAAGAACAGAAACUGAAUGAGGGACUAUUCAAUGAUAAAGGCGGCCUAGGGAGUAAUAACGAUGAGGAAAUCAACCGCGAAGAGGACAAAUCUAAAGCAAAGAAGAAAAGCCGUAAAAGAAACUAUAACAGCAGAAGAAGGAAAAGAAAAAUCACAGAAGGCAGUUCUGCCGCAUCAAAUACUAAAAGACGUAAAAGACACGAGCCAAGAAGCCGUGGAAAAAAAACGGAUUCUAGUGUUAACAAAUAA